AGAGUCGGUGGAAGAACGUAUUGCAAAGACCUUGGGACGCAUGGGACCAAGCAUUCUUUUGAGCGCAUUAAGUGAAACCAUCGCGUUUGGCCUUGGUGGUAUAGUCACAAUGCCAGCCGUAAGAAAUUUUGCACUUUACGCUGCGCUCGCAGUAUGGGUAGAUUUUUCCUUACAAGUCACAGUCUUUAUAGCAUUUUUAUCAUUGGAUGCCAAAAGACAAGAAGAAGAUAGGCUGGACUGUUUCCCCUGCAUCAGCAUCGAAGGAGCACCUGGUCGGAUAGAUAGGGAAGGCACGUUACAAAAAUGGAUGAGAAAGUAUUAUGCACCAGUAAUAUUAAAUCGCAAAGUCAAGAUUUCCAUAGUUGCGUUUUUCUUGGGACUCUUCAUGGUCGGAUUAAGUUUGGUUCCUCGUGUGGAGCUAGGACUAGGCAAGUUGUAUUUCUUGUUAACAUUGUUUCAUACAAAUAAGGUAAAUCGAGUGCCGAUUUUAAAAACAGAGCUUUCUAACCUAACGUUUAAUACUAAAAUCUUUAAAUCAGAUCAACGAAUCGCGCUCCCUAGUGAUUCCUAUCUGGUAGAUUAUUUUGAUGAUCUGGACGAUUACUUCCGAGUUGGCCCGCCAGUGUACUUUGUUGCCAAAAAUGUGAAUACCUCGAAAAUUCAAGGGCAGCAAGCUCUGUGCGGAAGGUUCAGCACAUGUUCACAAUUAUCAUUGGCCAACAUACUGGAACAAGAACGGAAACGACCCAAAGUCUCAUAUAUUGCCGAACCAUCUGCCGUGUGGAUAGAUGAUUUCCUAUAUUGGUUGAAUCCGUCGUUUGAAGCGUGUUGCAGAAUAAAGAAAGACUCGGAUCCGACGGAGUUAUGCGACAUCUAUGAUGAUGAUUGUGAUGUCUGUUUCCAAGAUCGCGAACCAAAAUGGAAUAUAACGAUGGAUGGAUUUCCGCAAGGAGAGGAAUUUUCACGAUAUAUAAAUUUAUGGAUCAAGGCAACACCCGAUGAACUUUGCCCAUUGGCAGGAAAAGCGGCUUACGGUAAUGCGAUCCGUUUUUCCGAAGAUAAUAAGACCGUAGUAGCUAGUCAUUUCAGGACAUUCCAUACACCAUUGAAAAGUCAACAAGAUUACAUAUCGGCACAUCACUCAGCAAAACGUAUUAGCAACUUGAUCCAAGAAAAAAACCCUGGAGUGGAAGUGUUCCCGUAUUCGGUAUUUUACAUAUUUUUCGACCAAUACGAACAUAUCGUUCAACUGGCCACGGUAAUACUAUCGCUUGCGUUCAUAUCAAUUUGGCUAGUCACAGCAUUACUUUUGGGAAGCAUGUGGACAGGGUUCAUUGUAAUGUGUCAUGUUAUAAUGAUAGUCACAGACGUGCUAGGAGUUAUGGCGUUGUGGAAUGUUUCUCUAAAUGCG